AGAGGAGCAGGAUCCUUGGAGUGGAAGCAAAUCCUGCCUGAUAAACCUCCACUGGAGAACAGAUGUCCCUCCAGGGCACGCGGCUCAGCAUGAGGAGCAGAAGGAACUGCACGCUGGGCAGCACCCGGACCCUGUACUCCAGUGCGUCUCGGAGCACAGAUGUGUCCUACAGCGAGAGCGACUUGGUGAAUUUUAUUCAAGCAAAUUUUAAGAAACGGGAAUGUGUCUUCUUUACCAAAGAUUCCAAGGCCACGGAAAACGUGUGCAAGUGUGGCUAUGCCCAGAGCCAGCACAUCGAAGGCACCCAGAUCAACCAAAGUGAGAAAUGGAAUUACAAAAAACACACCAAGGAAUUUCCCACUGAUGCCUUUGGGGACAUUCAGUUUGAGACUCUGGGGAAGAAAGGGAAGUAUAUCCGACUGUCCUGCGACACGGACGCGGAGACCCUCUACGAGCUGCUGACCCAGCACUGGCACCUGAAAACGCCCAACCUGGUCAUUUCCGUGACCGGCGGCGCCAAGAACUUCGCCCUGAAGCCGCGCAUGCGCAAGAUCUUCAGCCGCCUGAUCUACAUCGCGCAGUCGAAAGGUGCUUGGAUUCUCACCGGAGGCACGCACUAUGGCCUGAUGAAGUAUAUCGGGGAGGUGGUGAGAGACAACACCAUCAGCAGGAGUUCCGAGGAGAACGUCGUGGCCAUCGGCAUAGUGGCCUGGGGCAUGGUCUCCAACAGGGAUGCCCUCAUCAGGAACUGUGAUGUCGAGGGAUAUUUUUCAGCUCAGUACAUCAUGGAUGACUUCAAGAGAGACCCUCUAUACAUCCUGGACAACAAUCACACCCAUCUGCUGCUUGUGGACAGCGGCUGUCACGGGCAUCCCACAGUUGAGGCAAAGCUCCGGAAUCAGCUGGAGAAGUACAUCUCCGAGCGCACUAUUCAGGAUUCCAACUACGGUGGCAAGAUCCCCAUUGUGUGUUUUGCCCAAGGAGGUGGGAAAGAGACUUUAAAAGCCAUCAAUACCUCCAUCAAAAGUAAAAUUCCCUGCGUGGUGGUGGAAGGCUCAGGGCAGAUCGCCGAUGUGAUCGCGAGCCUGGUGGAGAUGGAGGACGCCCUGACGUCGUCCAUCAUCAAGGAGAAGCUGGUGCGCUUCUUACCCCGCACAGUGUCCCGGCUGCCGGAGGAGGAGACUGAGAGCUGGAUCAGAUGGCUCAAAGAAAUUCUUGAAAGUUCUCACUUAUUAACAGUUAUUAAGAUGGAAGAAGCUGGGGACGAAAUUGUGAGCAAUGCUAUUUCCUACGCGUUGUACAAAGCCUUUAGCACCAACGAUCAAGAUAAGGAUAACUGGAAUGGGCAGCUGAAGCUUCUGCUGGAAUGGAACCAGCUGGACCUGGCCAAUGACGAGAUUUUCACCAAUGACCGCCGAUGGGAGUCUGCUGACCUUCAAGAAGUCAUGUUUACGGCUCUCAUUAAGGACAGACCCAAGUUUGUGCGCCUCUUUCUGGAGAAUGGCUUGAACCUGCGGAAGUUCCUCACCAGUGACGUCCUCACCGAGCUCUUCUCCAAUCACUUCAGCAGCCUGGUGUAUCAGAACCUGCAGAUCGCCAAGAACUCCUACAAUGACGCCCUCCUCACGUUCGUCUGGAAACUGGUUGCUAAUUUCCGAAGAGGCUUCCGGAAGGAAGACAGAAAUAGCAAGGAUGAGAUGGAUGUGGAACUGCAUGACGUGUCUCCUAUUACCCGGCACCCCCUGCAAGCACUUUUCAUCUGGGCCAUUCUUCAGAACAAGAAGGAACUUUCCAAAGUCAUUUGGGAGCAGACCAAGGGCUGCACCCUGGCAGCCCUGGGAGCCAGCAAGCUUCUGAAGACCCUGGCCAAGGUGAAGAACGACAUCAAUGCAGCCGGGGAGUCCGAGGAGCUGGCCAACGAGUACGAGACCCGGGCAGUGGAGCUGUUCACAGAGUGUUACAGCAGCGACGAAGACUUGGCGGAACAGCUCCUGGUCUAUUCCUGUGAAGCCUGGGGUGGGAGCAACUGUUUGGAGCUGGCGGUGGAGGCAACGGACCAGCAUUUCAUCGCCCAGCCUGGGGUCCAGAAUUUUCUGUCCAAGCAAUGGUACGGGGAGAUUUCCCGAGACACCAAGAACUGGAAGAUUAUCCUGUGUCUGUUUAUCAUACCUUUGGCUGGCUGUGGCUUUAUCUCAUUUCGGAAGAAGCCCCUGGACAAGCACAGGAAGCUGCUGUGGUCCUACGUGGCCUUCUUCACGUCCCCGUUUGUGGUCUUCUCCUGGAACGUGGUCUUCUACAUCGCCUUCCUCCUGCUCUUUGCCUACGUGCUGCUGAUGGAUUUCCACUCCGUGCCCCACCCCCCGGAGCUGGUCCUCUACGCGCUGGUCUUUGUCCUGUUCUGUGAUGAAGUGAGACAGUGGUACGUGAACGGGGUGAGUUACUUUACCGACCUGUGGAACGUCAUGGACACGCUUGGACUCUUCUACUUCAUAGCUGGAAUUGUGUUUCGGCUCCACUCCUCUCACAAAACCUCUUUGUACUCCGGGCGAGUGAUCUUUUGCCUGGAUUAUAUCAUAUUCACGCUCAGGCUGGUCCACAUCUUCACUGUCAGCAGAAACCUAGGACCCAAGAUUAUAAUGUUGCAGAGAAUGCUGAUCGACGUGUUCUUCUUCCUGUUCCUCUUUGCGGUGUGGAUGGUGGCCUUCGGGGUGGCCCGGCAAGGGAUCCUCAGGCAGAACGAGCAUCGCUGGAGGUGGAUCUUCCGCUCGGUCAUCUACGAGCCCUACCUGGCUAUGUUCGGCCAAGUGCCCAGCGAUGUGGACGGUACCACGUACGACUUUUCCCACUGCACCUUCACGGGGAACGAGUCCAAGCCGCUGUGCGUGGAGCUGGAUGAGCACAACCUGCCCCGGUUCCCCGAGUGGAUCACCAUCCCCCUGGUGUGCAUCUACAUGCUCUCCACCAACAUCCUGCUGGUCAACCUGCUGGUCGCCAUGUUCGGCUACACCGUGGGCACCGUGCAGGAGAACAACGACCAGGUGUGGAAGUUCCAGAGGUACUUCCUGGUGAAGGAGUACUGCAGCCGCCUCAACGUCCCCUUCCCCUUCGUGGUCCUCGCCUACUUCUACAUGGUGGUCAAGAAGUGCUUCGGCUGCUGCUGCCAAGACCGGGGCGUGGAGUCCUCCGCCUGCUGUUUCAAAAAUGAAGACAACAUGACUCUAGCAUGGGAGGGCGUCAUGAAGGAAAAUUACCUUGUCAAGAUCAACACAAAAGCCAAUGACACAUCAGAGGAAAUGAGGCAUCGUUUCAGACAGCUGGAUACAAAGCUAAAUGAUCUCAAGGGUCUCCUGAAAGAGAUUGCAAAUAAAAUCAAAUAAAACUUCGUGGACACUAAUGGACAAAGAUCUAAUUCUGGCACAGCAGUGGCAGACAUCUCAGCGCAAAGGAUUCCAGGGGUGUGACUGAACAAUUUUGUUACUGACGAAAUGAGAAUUGUUCAGGCCCCUGGGUGCACAGCGAUGGUUUUAAAAGCCCAGCGUGAGCCGUCUGAGAACAUGUGACUGCUUUCACAUGAGAAGAUGGACGUAGAGGAAGAAUAUUUCCUACGAUGUGUUUCGCCUGAAGGCUGCCCUGUUACUUUCUGAGUCUCAGUGACCAGAACUUGCUGGAGAUGAUUUAAACUGUACCCCCGUGUCCUCCUGUCCCCUUCAUGUUCCUCCUUUGACCCCUGCAUGUUACAGAACACCUCUCCUGGGAAUAG